UUAUUGAAUAUAAAUAGAGGUAACUUCUAACGAAAUAUUGUAACAGCUAUAAUUUGAUACAAUAUUAUGUUCUAUGCAAUCAUCAAUCACAAUCAUUAAUAAUUAAUAACACAAAUGUUAUAGCUAAAACGAUUGUUUGGCAGCUGUCAUUGCACCCAAAUUUUAAUAGUUUUAAUAUUUUAUACUGGAAUUCUCGUUUAAAAUGGAACUCACAGAAGAUCAGAGAAAACUUAUAGAGAAGAACAGAAAAAAAGCAUUGUUAAUAAGACAAGAAAAAUUAAAAGCAAGAUCAACAGUACAACCUUACCAAAAACCCAUAUCAAAGAUAGAUAAAAGUCAUCAAAUUAGAGUUGCUGGUCAAUCAUAUGUAGACACCGAAGCUGGGUUUUUGCUUAAUGAGGAUGAUCUAUCAGAUAAAAAACCGGUAAUACUAGCAUCAGCGCCUAAUCCAAUAUUAUCAAAAAUUGAACAGCCUUUAUGUCUUGAAUGUAAUCAUGAAUUUGGUAUUUCUUACUUGAUGACUAAUUUUGAUCAUCCUGUCUGCGAUAGAUGCAAGGAUAAGUUUGGAAAAGAAAAAUAUGAUUUGAUUACCAAAACAGAAGCUAAAAAAGAAUAUUUAUUAAAAGAUUGUGAUAUUGAUUUGCGAUCACCUCCACUUAAGUUUAUUCUGGGCAAAAAUCCACACAAUUCCAGAUGGGGUGAAAUGAAAUUAUAUCUUUUACUUCAAGUAGAAAAAAGAGCAUUAGAAGUUUGGGGUUCUGAAGAAGAAGUAGAACGACAAAUUGAACUAAGACAAGAAAAGCAAAAGGCUUCUAAGUUAAAAACAUUCAAAAAAAAAGUUAAAGAAUUAAGAAUGUCAACUAGGAGUAGUUUAUAUACAAAAGUCACAAAAGCUUCACAUCAACAUGAAUAUGAUACAGAGAUAUACAAUGAAGAAGAAGAUAAUUAUGAACGUACUUGUACUACUUGUGGUUUUCACGAAAUUUUUGAAAAAAUGUAAAUAAAAUUAGUUAAGAAUAAAAUUUAUUUUUGUAAACGAUUAAA